GAAUAAAGAAUAUUUUAGGGAGUAGCAGCUAGCUAUUCAAUCAUUGAUAUUAUGGCAGUCGUUAUCAAUGGCCAAAAGAUCUCCAAAAAAGUACGAGAGGAUCUGAAGGAGCAUGUUACCGCACUGGCAGAGUGGGACGUUUUUAAACCUGGGCUAGCAAUCGUUCAGGUUGGAGACCGACCAGACUCCAACACCUACAUCAGAAUGAAGAUAAAAGCAGCCAGCGAGAUUGGAAUACGUACUCAACACAUCAAGCUUGGAAACCAGUCCACCCAACAGGAGGUGAUAUCCGCAUUGGAAUGUUUGAACAAUAAUCCCGAGAUACACGGUGUCAUACUCCAACUACCACUUGACACAUGCUGUACUGUUGAUGAGGAUGUGUGCACCAAUACCAUCCUCACUUCUAAAGAUGUUGAUGGGUAA